UUUAUUAAACGGGUGGAGCUCAUUAGUAGAAUACCUUACAACUCACUGCAUGAAUUGAGACCCCUAGGCUCUAACCACUAACCCCCUUAAAGUGGGCUAACUUCGUCCUGAGUCCGUCUGACUAACACAACCCACAAGGCCUGGGGCCAACAUACCCAGGUUCGUUUAAAUAUAAGCAGCUUUAGGUGAUAACAACAUAACCAGGUGAUUUUUUUAAAUGCAACGGUCACGGCAAUCUCAUUCUCUCCAAGAAAGAUGUCAAGAACUACAGAGAAGAUGACAGUGUCGUUCACACUUUGCAAGAUAGGUUUUAGAAAUUCGAAAGCCAUAGUUAUCUUGAAAGCAUUGAGCAGUUUUCAUGUCAAUGGAGUCUUUCGUUGCUGGAGGGAUGGAGUUUCAGUAGGCAUUGUGGAUGAUAAAGGAAGGACCUGGUACGCAGAAUUCAAUGCCCAGGGUUUAGAAAGUUACGAUUUUUACUUUGAGGGUGAAGCUUCUGCAAAUCUUCAACAGCUGUUGAAGGUUCUUGAAAAACAAGAAGACGCAGAGGUUUUUCUAAAGCAGAGGACGAUAUCUGUCGUGAAAAAUAAAGAAACACUUUGGGCGCAAAAUUAUGUAACUAAAACAGUUCCCUUUGAACAAGUUCCAAAUGUGUAUGCUAGAGCAGUUGGUAUUAAAGCACCUUUGCUGAACCCAUUCAGGGGAGAUGGAGGUAUGGUCUGAAAGGGGUUUUUUUUUAUUGUUUUUGUUUUGCUUUUUCCUUAUGUGUCUCCUAAUCCAAGAAAAAUAAAUCCUUAUGUGUCUCCUAAUCCAAGAAAAAUACAGACUUACAUUUCAAUACACUCUUUUGUUCUCUGUUUAAAAUUAAUUGACCAUUAUUAACUUUAUUUUGUGUGUUUUA